AUGGACCAUAUGAUUAGUGAGAAAAUACGUUGGAACGACAGGCUGGAAGGACAUAUCCUCACACUCUUUUUCCUGCGCUCCUUCCUGCUCUCCUUCGCUCUCUUCUUCCUGCGCUCCUUCCUGCUCUCCUUCGCUAUCUUCUUCCUGCGCUCCUUCCUGCUCUCCUUCGCUCUCUUCUUCCUGCGCUCCUUCCUGCUCUCCUUCGCUAUCUUCUUCCUGCGCUCCUUCCUGCUCCGCUUCGUUCUCUUUUUCCUGUGCUCCUUCCUGCUCUCCUUCGUUCUCUUCUUCCUGUGCUCCUUCCUGCUCUCCUUCGUUCUCUUCUUCCUGCGCUCCUUCCUGCUCUCCUUUGCUCUCUUCUUACUGCGCUCCUUCAUUCUCUUCUUUUGCUCUCUUCUUCCUGCGCUGCUUCCUGCUCUCCUUCUCUCUCUUCUUCCUAUGCUCCUUCCUGCUCUCCUUGCUCUCUUCUUCCUGCGGUCCUUCCUGCUCUUCUUUCUCUCUCUUCUUCAUGCACUCCUUCCUGCUCUCCUUCGCUCUCUUCUUCCUGCGCUCCUUCGAGCUCUCAUUUCGCUCUCUUCUUCUUGCGCUCCUUCCUGCUCUCCUUUCGCUCUCUUCUUUCUGCUCUACUUCCUGCUCUCCUUCAUUCUCUUCUUCCUGCGCUCCUUCUUGCUCUCCUUCUCUCUCUUCUUUCUGCGCUCCUUCCUGAUCUCCUUCUCUCUUUUCUUCCUGCACUCUUUCCUGCUCUCCUUCGCUCCCUUCUUCUUGCGCUCCCUCCUGCUCUUCUUUCCCUCUCUUCUUCCUGCGCUCCUUCGCUCGUCGCCAGAGCUGCCAGGCUGGCCCGUGCUACCAGUCUGGAGGCAGGGGAGGAGGAGGAGGAGCGUGAGGAGGGGAGGGAGGAAGAGGAGCUGGGGCAUAUGGGGAGAGAAGGCAAGGGGGAGAGAGUAA